CCAAACGAAUUAAUAAAUAAAAAGAUAUAUAAAGUAAAAGGAGUAGAUAAUGAAGAGACAAGCCAUUAACUCCGCACCAGUUUUGCCCGAGAAGCAGCCUUCGUGCUCCAUUUUCAACCAACUCUUAACCUAGCAAACUCUAAUUCUCCAUCUUCUUCUCCACAACCCUGAAUUUUUUUCCUCUCAAAAAUUUAUCUCUUUUGACUCAUUUUAUUUUUAAUUUUGAUUUUAUAUUAUUAGACACCAUAGCAUGGAUUUUUGCAUGGGAUUUGAACGGGCUUUGAAAUCUAGUUUACGUAGAGAACUCUCUAUGAAAUCCACCCACCUUCACCACCAACAAGUUGUUUUGUUUGAUGAUAUGGGGUGUGUUUCGUGUGAUGAUUUUUCCGUUGAUGAUCUUUUGGAUUUUUCCAACGGAGAAUUUCAGGAAUUUGAAGAUGAAAAAGACUCCCUUUCUAUUGAUUCUCAGGACCGUGUUGAUGAUGAUAAUAACUGUAACUCUUCCAUUUUUUGUUCUUCUGACCAGUCCCUUCUCACCGAUGAACUCGUUGAACCGGUGGAUGAAAUUGCAGAGCUUGAAUGGGUUUCCAGGUUUGUGGAUGAUUCUUCACGUUCAGAGCUCUCUCUUUUACACCCUAAUUAUGGAGGAUACCGGUUUGAGCCGGUGAGAAAACCGGUCUUAAACCAAACUCCAUGUUUUCCGGCGUCAUUUCCGUCCAAAGCCAGAACCAAACGACCCAGACCCACAACCCGGGUCUGGUCACAGUGUUCAUCCGCCCUCACUGAGUCCCCAAUUUCCUCUUCAUCUUCUUCCGGGUCAACCGUUACCAGUCCGGUUCAAACCUUGGAUUGGUGUAACAGUUUUACAGAACCGGAAGCAAAGAAACCGAAGAAGAAACCCGCGGUUCAAAGCGGCGGCGGAGGAUUAUUUCAACGGAGGUGCACUCACUGCCAGACCCAGAAGACUCCACAGUGGCGAACCGGUCCACUCGGCCCCAAAACGCUGUGUAAUGCAUGCGGUGUCCGGUUCAAGUCCGGUCGGCUGUUUCCCGAAUAUAGGCCGGCUUGUAGCCCAACAUUUUCCGGGGAACUUCACUCGAAUAGCCAUAGAAAAGUGUUGGAGAUGAGGAGGAAGAAUGAAAUGAGUGGAACAGAGGUGGGUUUGAGCCAUAUGGUGCAGAGUUUUUGAAUAUGGUUAGAGUAGGAGUUGGGUGAAAUGAACUGUGGGUUCAAACCGGUUUGAACCUUUCUAAGGUUUGUAGGUCUUAAUUAAUUAAUUAUUUAAUAGUCAGACUAAGAUGAUAAUUAGGGUUAAUCAUAGUUAAUUAGGCAUGUCACGGGAUUGCAGGGAGGAUUUUGUUGUAUUUUAGAGUCUAUUUAUGGAUUUAUUUGAAAAAAAAGUUUAAUGUAUAAUAUUGAUAGUAAUUUUAGAAUCUUUUUCUUUUUAA